AUGGCGCCCGGCCUCGACUCCAGACCGACCGUGGAGGACUUUCGCGACGACAGCCCUUGGGUUCAACUGGCCAAAACGCAUUGGCUCGACGCUGCCAAUGUCCGCAAGAUCAAGCAUGAUGUGAUUAAGAAGGAUAUAUGGGACCCUCUGGAAUCCGAGGGCUUCAGCUUCCGUUCACUGCUUACUCUGGAGAGUCUGAAUAUUCUCGAGAAGUUUCUCUGGCCGACAUACACGGAAGACGCCUCAAAUUACAAUGUCCUACUCAUAGCAUUGAUUGUCAGCGUCAAGCAAAGAGAGCAUCUGCCGAUAUGGGAAAUCUUCUCAGACCGGCCCGACGAUUUCUCAGGCCUCUUCCACCGGAUCCUUUCGAUGAGUCUCGAUCAGUCGCUCCCCACGUUUUCUCGUCUGUCAAUAAUGUCGUUCAUGAUUAGCGCCUUCCAAUCGCUCGAGAACGCUUUGAUCCGGAAAGAAUGCGCUCCCCUUGUUUCCAUAUCCAUUUGGCAUAAUCUUCAUAGCGAAGAGGCGAGAGAGCGCGUUCUCGCGAAAGCCCCCAACCUGAAAAAGGCUUGGAGGGCGGCCUUAAAACGCUACGACACGGGAGACGAAGCGGCCAGGGCGAAAAUGCGAUUUGAGCGAUCAUGGUUGUACACCAUGCUUUUGGAUUUCUUGCGGAGACUGAACGGAGUCGAAAAACACCAGGCGGAUAACCUGCGAUAUUGCGAGAGAUUCUUGGAAUUUCUGGUCGAUCUAGAGAGCCAACUGCCGACAAGACGAUACGUUAACACGCUGCUAAAGGACCUGCAUCUCCUGCCUGUCAUGCGCCUGUCUCAGUUGUAUCGCACAGGAGAAAAUGCGCUCUUCCGCGACUUUUAUAAUCUUCUUAAACAUUUCACUUCAUUCGCUAUCAACGAUUACACAGGAGAGGCACUGUCAUCUCAGGCAAUGUACGAUGCGCACUGCCAUGAUCUGGCACAACUACAGAGGGCCUCGAUGAAACACUUCAAGGACAAACUGACGAUCUUAGCUUUGUCGAAUUACGGUUCCAUUGAUCAGCGCUCUGAACUCGAAGGGCAGUUAAGCUCCUUAGAGGAUGCAGAGCUGCAGAGUCUAUGCGCGCACUUGGGCUUCCGCACGGGUUAUCCCAAGCAAGCGAAUGUUGAAUCCGACCGUCACCUGUACAUGGAGGUGCUUCUGUCAUACCACGAAAGGAUAACCUCAUUCCAAGAAGCCGCUUCUAAUCUCAGCGUCGUCCCUACAGAAGAGAGCCUGUACGAUCCAUCACUACUCCGAAAUGAGACCUACGACGGAUCUAGGCCACUUGCCAUUCCAAAGCUUAACCUUCAAUAUCUUAGCCUUGGCGACUUCCUAUGGCGGUCGUUCCUGUUAUACCGCGCGGAAGCUUUCUUUCAGAUCCGCAAGGAUAUGGAAUCGAUUGUGAAGCGGAUGCAACCUCGAUCAAGUCAGGAUGGAAAAACUUUGACAUUUGAUGGUUUCUCUCGUAUGGCUAUCCCCAUCUCAAAGCCUGCCAUAAUCGAAGUUGCGCCGCCCAAGGUUGGAUCCGCCAAACCCGCUUUUGUGCGGGCUGAGAUCACCAUUGAAGUUGGUAGAUUGGCGGACCAUGUCCGCACGGAAUGGGAUUCGCUUCGACCUGAUGACGUUGUCUUCCUCCUUGCCGUGCAGCCUGGCAACACAGGUAAAUUUGGAUUGAGAGAUAUCAAUGCCCCUCAGACUCCGGGUAUCGUACACGUCAGAUCGGCAGACAUUGUACAGGUCCUUGAUGAAGCCGGCCGUCCGCUACGCGAGCCAGUAUCGGGCCAGACAAAUGGAUACCGAUCUCGUCCUCGUGUUAGGAGAUUAUUAGUCAACCUGGACCCUGCUGCUUUUAAAGCGGACAAGGAUCGUAUUUCACAAGGGAAACCUGAUAUUUACCCACUUAUCAAUGUCGUUGCAAGAAGGAGGGGGAGGGAGAACAACUUCAAGUCCGUCCUCGAAACUAUGCAAAGGCUCAUCUUGUCUGAUAUCACCUUGCCACCAUGGAUUCAGGAUAUUUUCCUUGGUUAUGGAGAUCCAGCCGGGGCCCGCUACACUGAAUUGCCCAACCGACUCAAAUCAGUGGACUUCAGGGACACGUUUCUGGAUUGGCAGCAUUUGAUUGAGAGCUUCCCAGGUUUGACGAUAGAACCUACGGGAGAUGCUCCAUCGAGUUUCCAACCACCGUACGCACUUGAAUAUAUGGAAGAAUCCAUACAGCCACCUACGUUGGGCACGUCAAAGAAACGGCGGAGAGACCAGCCUGCGGAAGGACGACUGGGGCCCAAGUCUAUUCGCGUCUCGACGUACAAACCACCAAACCCGGGCCCGUACCCGGUAGAUGCCCCGAAGCUCAAUACUGUUCGCUUCACGCCGGCUCAGAUUGAAGCGAUUGCGUCCGGAACGCAGCCCGGUCUUACAGUCAUUGUCGGACCUCCUGGUACUGGAAAGACUGAUGUGGCGACCCAGAUCAUCAACAAUAUCUAUCAUAACUUCCCAACCGAGCGCACACUACUUAUUGCACACAGUAAUCAAGCUCUGAAUCAAUUGUUUCAGAAAAUCGUUGCUCUAGAUAUCGAUGAACGGCAUCUGUUGCGACUCGGUCAUGGUGAGGAAGAAUUAGAAACUGAGACCAGCUAUAGCAAGUAUGGUCGAGUUGAAUCUUUCCUCGACAACCGAAACCUGUUCCUCGCAGAGGUCACUCGCUUGGCUGCUUCAAUCGGAGCACAAGGGGCUCACGGAAACUCCUGCGAGACUGCUGGCUAUUUCAAUACGGUCUUUAUUAAACCUGCUUGGGCGAAAUACUGGGAGAUUGCGCGGGACGAGAAUAGAUCUACGAAAGAGAUUAUCGCGGACUUCCCGUUCCAUGAAUAUUUCUCCAACGCACCUAGACCCAUUUUUGAUCCCUCUGCCUCGAAGGAGAUGGUGAUUGAUGUGGCAGAAGGCUGCCAGCGCCAUAUUGACAAGAUUUUCUCUGAGUUAGAAGAUAUUCGCCCGUUCGAGAUCUUGCGACAACCUAAGGACAAAGCCAAUUAUCUUCUUGUCAAAGAGGCCAGGAUAAUCGCCAUGACAAGUACACAUGCGGCUAUGCGCCGUCAGGAGAUCGCGGCCCUUGGAUUCCACUAUGAUAAUGUUGUCAUGGAAGAGGCUGCGCAGAUCACAGAGGUAGAAAGCUUUAUCCCGGCAACUUUACAGAAUAUGAAGGAGGGCCAGCUCCCUCUAAGACGAAUUGUUCUUUGCGGAGACCAUCUUCAGAACUCACCUAUCAUCCAAAAUAUGGCCUUCCGGCAGUAUGCGCAUUUUGAGCAAAGUCUUUUCCUUCGUCUGGUCCGAUUAGGGGUCCCGGCUAUCACGCUCGACCAACAAGGACGUGCUAGACCAAGUAUCGCGGAGCUUUUCCGAUGGCGUUAUCAGAACCUUAGGAACUUGCCCGCUGUUGAACAGGCGCCAGAGUUCAAACAGGCCAACGCUGGGUUCCAGUUUGAGUACCAGUUCAUCAAUGUGCCCGACUACCAAGGCACAGGGGAACGCGAGCCGACUCCUCAUUUCAUUCAAAAUCUUGGAGAAGCAGAGUAUGCUGUAGCCAUCUUUCAGUAUAUGCGACUUCUCGGCUAUCCCGCCUCAAAGAUCUCGAUCCUUGCUACCUAUGCAGGCCAAACAGCGCUCAUCAAGGAUGUCUUGAAUCAUCGGUGUGCCAAAAACACUCUGUUCGGAAUGCCUAAGAUCGUCACCACGGUAGACAGAUAUCAGGGCGAGCAGAAUGACUAUGUUAUCCUCUCACUCACGCGGACUCGCACAGUCGGUUACCUUCGUGAUGUACGUCGCCUUACCGUGGCACUAUCUCGUGCCCGACUUGGUUUGUAUAUUCUCGGCCGCCGUGAGGUUUUUGAAUCAUGUUACGAGCUCAAACCAGCGUUCGACCUGCUAUUGCAGCGCCCAGACAAACUAAUGCUCGCCCCUGGGGAGAUAUUCCCAACUACCCGGACAUUAGACAAUGAGGUCCAGGGCACCCCCAUGGAAGGUGUAGAGCAUCUUGGACAGUAUGUGUUCGAGAUGACCCAAGCUAAGAUCAAGGCUCUGGGCGGGGAAGAGGGGAUUAUGGAUGAGACGAUGCCGGACGAAGAGGGCGACCUUAUUGAAGACGGAGACGAGGAAAUGCUCGGUGCUGGUGAAGAAGGCGAGGAGGAUCCGUUGCAUGAACAUGUAUACACCUGA